AUGGUCACGCUGAACCACCAAAAUUUUUGGCAGCCAGCGCCUUCGAUUUCGGCAGUGUCCCCUUCCACAAACACAGAGAAAAGAACUGCUGAGGCACUGACCCGGCUGGCAACUCUGGAUGAGAGAUGCGAAGCAGAAAGCUACACUUUGGAUACUCAUGUACCAGAAGUUUCCGAGUCCCGCGAUCCUUCUCGGGCAGUUUCCCCUGAAUUGUAUCUCAAUGACACACCAGCUACUGGAACAUAUCCUGAAUACCCGGAAGAAGUAGCUCUUUAUCCUUCCUCUCGGGGUAGUGAUACUCCCUCCGUUACCGGUUUAGAGGGCCCUGGGACGACAAGGAUUUUCGAUGUCUUUGAAGAUGAGAGUGAUAGGCCAAGUGAACACCUUCACCGAAACUCUUCCUCGAAUAGAAGCAAGCAAACUCCGGAAGAUCCGUGCGUUCCCACAUUCAGAAGACGCCACUAUCAAACGCCCAGAGUCGCGAACGCGAAUAAGUCACUUGCAGGACGAGUGAGUCACUUGUCAGCUGAAGACUCUUCAAAUUAUACCCCCGAGGCCCUCUCAGCCGGCAACCUUCUCCUGCUAAGAAAAACGAUCACCUACCUCAAGCGCGCUUCAAAUGUGACGAGUGCUGAGGCUAGGUUUUCGAACGACUUUCCGAACAUGAAUGAAAUUGCUAAAGAGAAUCUCGCAGUGCUUCAAGUUGCAACAAAGACUCUACAGCAUGCAUACGGCAUCAUCGCUACAAGUACCACAGCAAUUGAUGUUCCAGUGCGAGAGGAGGUGACUGUGCAACCGAGGUCGACUGUAACGCGCCACAAAUGGACCAUGAACGACGAACGCCGAUUAUUGAAGUUGAGAGAUGCUCAAAAGUUAUCGUGGCGGCAAAUUCAUAAAUCGUUUCCUGAAAGAACUAUGGGUGCAGUCAAAACCCGAUACUUUUUGAAGUCUGCUAGGCAGUCUGAUUCUUCUUCCAGCAAGGAAAAUCACUCCGUUCACAGCCAGCAGAGGAAUCGUACACCAACUAUGCGAAGAAGUCCGAGGCUAAAUCGAGCCAGUAAUGCCUCGAUUGCAGUAAGUAACACGGGACGUGGUCGAAAAUCUCAUUCACAUGAUGUGCGGUGCUCCAAAAAAUCGACUGUAUCAAACCAGGAAGCUAUUGAUCCACGACUUCGGUCAUACGGCAAUUUAUAG